GCUAAACAAAGUACCCGGAAGAGCAGCGUAAGCACAACGAAAGUUUAUAUAAAACUCGCCGUCGUCUUCCAGUCCAAACUUUCCGAAUAACAGAGAUGGAGGGUCUCGCGUCCGUGCAUGAUCUCCAGGCGCUAUCCGCUCUGCUCUCUCCAAACCCUGAAGAUGACGAAGAAGAUCUCCAGGAAGUGAAGCCCAUGGCUAGGAUGGGCCCGGGACAUAUCGGCUCUCCUGCUGCACCUUCGGAAAAAAAGAACAAAGAGGGUAGCACUGCCUAUGUGAAGAAGAACAGCAAAAACAUCUGGGAUGAGGAUGAAGUGACUGAGGGAGCACAUUUUGAUGACCUCACCGACCCACGGCCACAGCCAGAGUAUGAGAUUGUGCUGAAGCAGUCAGUUGGGACUGAAGAUUUGUUUCUUGGCUUGAGCAGAAAGGACCCUUCAUCCAUGUGUUGUGACAGCAUGCUAGUAAGAGUUAAACUGCCAGAUACAAAGGCAUCUGAUUUGGUUCUGGAUGUGAGGGAGACAUUUCUUGAUCUCAGAACUCCAAAGUAUAAGUUGGGCCUUCACCUGCCUCACCCAGUGCACAAACAGGAGGGGAAUGCCAGAUUCAUUGUAGAGAGAGAAGAACUGGAGAUCACACUGCCCAUGAACAGACCAAUGGACUGCAUCAACCUGACCUGAGAGAAACAGAAAGAGUGACAGAACCAUGAGCUGCAUCAGUUCAGAAUAGACAGUGUGGACAACUUCUACAGAUACAGCUCUGCAGCCUUUUACUGACAGUCUUAAAUCCAACCCAUGAAAUAUGACCCAUGAGUUACCUCACUUAUCAAUUAACACCAGAACCAGGAAACAAAUAUAUAAUGUUUUUAAAAUCAACUCAAUUCAGGGGGAAAGGAACAGGUGCCUGUUAAGUUAUUCAGUAUUAUAAAACUGUUUUAAUUAUUUUGUAAGUGUAAUAAAAUGGUGAAUCCUUUUA